UUGGGGUCACUAUAAGGACGUACCUUUUUAGUCACAAAAUUGCCGUUCUACUGACGUCUGUACGGGGUCACUAUCAGGACGUACCUUCUUAAGUCAUUAAAUUGACGUGUCACUGACGUCUAAUUGGGGUUGUAAUAUAAUGGUAAUUGGGGAAUCUUUUGUAAAAACAAGAGACUUGGCAACACUGCCGUGUUGAAACAGCGAUUGCAGCGCCGCUACGCCCCGCCGCAGCGGCGUCACAACAACGUUAUUAAUUUUCGAACAACGAGUCAAAGACGUGCAGGCCUACCGCGAAAAACGAAAUUCGCAAAUUGAGGGGAUCUUUCUCUUUUACUCUCACUAAGACGUCAUUAGAGUGACAGAGAAAAAUGCCCGCAAUUGACGAACGUCGAUUUUCGCGGCUAUUGCCCUGUUUCACUAAACGUGAUUCUUAAUAUUAGCGUAGUAACUUCUUAUAGAAAUUUACAUCUAUUUGGGGUCUCUGUUAGUAGGACGUACCAUUUUAGUCACAAAAUUGACGUUCUAUUGACGUCUAUUUGGGGUUACUAUCAAGACGUAUGUAAUCGACAAAAUAACGCGUUUCGUUUCUUGAUACCAAUUUGUCAAUCUUGUAUUGUAAAAUAUUUAUAAAAUAAAAAAAACAUUUCCGUUUGUUUCGGUAACUCUAAAGUUGUUAUACAGUAUUUUUUUUAUAGAUUUUAUAAUUAAUAACACCAAAACAAGCUUAAAAUUGUUAUUUUUAGAAACAUCAGAAGUUGGAACGGAACGAAAUUCUGACAUUUUGAUUGAAGUGUCAUGUGUCAUGUAUCGUUUCCCUCCUUUUCCGUUUGCCCGGUCUGUUGUGUUGUGUUGUAUCGCGUCCGUGGGUGCUGUGCAAUUCGAGACUCUUAAUAGUACAUUACGAUACAAGUGCGAAAAAUAGGAAAUUCGAAACGAGUGGCGAUAAAUUAAAACACGACCGAAGGGAGUGUUUUAAAUCGACACGAGUUGCGAAUUACCUAUUCGCACAUGUAUCGUACAACGUUUUACAGUACAUAUGGCCCUUUAAAUGUUCGACACAGUAACGUAAUAUGCUACUUCUCGCACUAGUGCUAUAAAGUAGCCCCAUAUGUACUGUAAAGGUAUAUUUUAGUUUUAUCACAUGAUAAACACAUACUCAGUGAUGAGUACAUACUCAGUGAUACAAUUCAGUGAUCAAGACGGCGGAUCAAUAUCCAUUGUAAAGAAUCAGUGGAUUACGCCAAGGCGUCGGGAGGUAUUUUGGCCACCCGUCAAGGGAUCUAAAGCUUUUGAAAAGGUGUUGGCGGAUACCAAAACACCGGAUGAGAAAUGGAAACGAUACUUCAUCCAAAGAGUUUUUUGUGAGACUGACGAUAUAGAUAAAGCCAAAAGAAAACUGAAACUGGUCAAGGAGACAUCAGACUUACAGACUGAAGCAGAAGAAGAACCAAAUUUUAAGCGGAAAAGAAAUAACAGAUAUAUUUCCACAAGCGAUGAAGAUGACGGUCACAUAACGCCACCACCAAUUAAGAAAAAAAUCUUGAAAAACACAGCUGCUGCUGCUUACUAUAGAGAUACCCGUCAGGCUCAGCCAAACAUUACCCGAGAUUCCCGGGAAGCUCCUUCAACACCAGAAAAAACCCUCUCAUUGCUGAAUGUAGUUGACGGGCUUCCUGUCUUGACAAACAGUGUCCUGCAAGAUUUAACAGAAGACGGCGAGGGGCGGCUCACUCCGGUUUCACGCAUACGUAGUCCUUGGUCGCGAAAAGAACAACCACCGAAUCUCGGCAGCGACGUGCCAGCAACGCCAUCGUGCGGUCAAGGAUUAAAAGGUAGGUAAAGGUACAAGUUGAAACACAACUACGCGUCGCUGAUCUCGACUUCAUGUCGCCGCGUCACUGACUGGUUUCUAUGUAUUUCUAUGAAAUAGCAUUCGAACGCGGCUACACGAAGCCAGCGACAUGAAGUCGAGCUCAGCGACGCGUCGCUGCGACGCGUAUAAUGAUGUAUAUCCAUCAUUGGCGUCAAAAAGGUUAAGACACGCUUGUUGUUCACGGCUGGUAGAACGUUAAUACUUUGCCGCUAUAUUAUUUAUACAUACAUACAUACAUACAUUCGGUAUCUUACCUGCGACCCAUCACUAAUAAAUCAUCAAAAAUAAUUGAAUAAUGAUGAUGAAAUGGAUAUUCCAAUGCAUGUAUUUCCUUUGUUGUUUUUAUUAUAUUUGUUUGACAUUUAGAAUUUAUUCUAGAAACAAUCUAGACUAGUAUUUUUUAUACAUUUUUUUUUGUAUGACUAUAUUUUGUGAAAGUUUUAGUAUUAAAUUUGAUCUAUGAAUUAUAUUCAUUAGUAUUAUAUAUGGAAUAAUAUUUACAACAUCAAUAAAUUGCUCUGAUAAUUAGAUUAAGAUAAUUAUAUGUAAUACUGUCUUACUAUUCAUAAGUGCUUGUUGCUAGGCCUACAUGAAUAAAGUAUAUUUGAAUUGAAUUGAAUUAAUACAUUAUUACAUUAACAUAACUGUCUUUCAGGUUUGCAAGAUACCGUGGUGUCACUAGUGUCACUACUGACCCACAUAAAAGCCCAGAAUGAUAUAAUCAUCUCGAUUUUGCGAGAAAAACAUACAAGAUUGGAUUUAAAACCAGAGUUCAAAUUUCCCAUCAAAACUUCGGAGGAGUUGGAAAUUAUGGAAAAAUUAUUAACGUCACAAGAAAACCAUGCUAACGUGGUAGCCUACUUCAAGAGCCUUGGUGGACAGGGCGUUAAUAAUAAAGUAUCUAGAGUUAUGAAAGUUGCAUUGUCUGACUCUAUGGCAAGCAAGUACAACUUUUACGGUAAAAGAUCAGACAAGAAGCUAUUUGCAGAACUACGUCUCCGGGCGUGUGCAAAACCGCCGUGAUGUAGAAGGAACCCACCAUCAAUUACAAUGUCACUACCAGCAAGCUUGUUGUGGAUCAGACUCUGGUGAAAACAAAAUCGGAUUUUAGAAGAAAUUCAAAGUGGCGGCCGUGUUUACAAUCUUUGACUACGAAUUCAUAUAAGGGUAUCUUUCGGAUCCUCAGAUGUAAUUUGUUAUCGUGACUAGAUCAAAUUUUCCGUCGGACGUACCGUUUUUGAACUACAAGAAAAAAACUUAAAAAUAGCAAAAAAAGUUCCACAACUUCUGGAAUGGAGCAAACUCGGAUUACACAAAUUUAGGAUCAAAUAAAGGUAUUAAGACGAUUUGACUGGCCUCUUAAAAUACUUAAAAAGUACCUUGUUAAUAUGUAGUUUAUAUGUUAUUAUUAAACUACUAGUUCCUUGAUGUA